AUGUUCUCAGAACAUAAAUCAGACGACUACGAACUCGGCCAUGGAGGCUCUAAAAACGAGGCUAUCGGACAAGGAAAUAUUGAAGUUGACUCUGGUCAAUAUGAGAACAGAACGGUAGUAGAAUUUCAGGAGGUGAAAGCUUUCAAGCAAGGCCUUCAUCAACGCCAUAUUCAGAUGAUCGCGCUUGCCGGAACAAUUGGUACUGGUCUAUUCCUUGGUUCUGGCCGAGCAAUUGCAAGAUCCGGUCCACUGGGUGCAUUUCUUGGCUAUUCCGUGGUUGGCCUCGCUGUUUCGAGUGUAGUGUUUGCUGUUGGAGAAAUGGGAGCCUUGAUUCCUCUCACUGGAGGACAAAUCGUCGCUGCUGCAGUUUUGGUAGAGUUCUGGACAACAAUCAAUAAUGCAGUGUGGAUUACAGUUUUUGCAGUUCUCAUGGUCAUGACCGCAGUCACUUUUGUUAGGGUCUAUGGUGAAUUGGAGUUUACAUUUUCUAUGCUGAAGAUUAUGCUUGUCAUCGGAAUUAAUGUAAUGGCUCUCGUUAUUACCUGCGGAGGAGGUCCGAACCAUGAAUCGAUAGGUUUUCGUUACUGGAGGGACCCUGGAGCUUUCGUCCAGUAUUUGGGUCGCUUCCUUGGAUUUUGGACAACACUCAACAAUGCUGUAUAUGCAUAUUCCGGAAUUGAGAAUAUCACUGUAGCCGCUGCAGAGACGAAAAAUCCACGAAGAGCAAUUCCAUUGGCCGCUAAGCGCAUCUUUAUCCGAAUUCUUUUGUUCUACAUUUUGACCAUCUUCAUGGUCGGCCUUAUGGUUCCAUCCAACGACCCCAACCUUCUUCAGUCUACUGGUACUGCCUCCCAAUCACCGUUCGUUAUUUCCGCGAAGAAUGCCGGUAUUAAGGUUAUUCCAUCGAUCAUCAAUGCUGUCGUACUUACCUCCGCUUGGUCUUCCGGAAACUCCAGUAUGCUCGGCGGAACACGAAUCCUCUAUGGUAUGGCUAUGCAUGGACACGCUCCCAAAUUCUUCACUAGAGUGAACCGAGCCGGUGUUCCUUAUAUUGCAGCUGCUUUAUAUGCUGUUUUUAUGUGCUUGGGCUACAUGACUUUGUCGAGUACUGCUAGUACAGUUUUCACAUGGCUUCAAGAUCUUGUCUCGAUCGCAACCUUGGUUAACUGGAUAUCCAUCUUGGUCGUCUACCUUAGAUUUCAAGCUGGCUGCAAAAGACAAGGAAUCAAUCGCCACACUGAGCUUCCAUGGGCCGCACCACUCCAGCCAUACACGACGUGGGCCUCUCUAACCCUGUUUGUCAUUCUCCUCUUCACCGGAGGAUACGUAACUUUCAUUCAUGGCGAAUGGGAUACUGAGACAUUCAUCUCGUCGUAUUUGAACAUUCCUCUCUUCCUAAUGCUGUUUUUGGGUUAUAAAUUUUAUUGCAAAACUAAAAUGGUUUCUUUGGAGGAAAUGCCUAUUCGUGGAUUCAUUGAGGUUUACCAGCAAAACCCCGAGCCAGAAGAGGAGCCCAAGAAGGGGCUUCGAAGACUGAAUAUCUUGUGGUCUUGA